AUGCCCGUCAGAAUCCCCAAGGCUGGAGCUACCGAGGGCGUCGCCUUUGCGACAGCUGGAGUCGUCGGUUUUGCCCCCUUUUACUUCAUGCUUCCUGGUGCCGAGAGUCGUCUCGCAUCACAAACACAAAAGUGGGCUCCCCGAUGGGAACGCAACAUCUCCUACUUUGCCCCGCCCGCCCAGCGAGUCGCUCAGCGCGUCGAGCCUCGUGUCUCCAAGAACGUGAAGAAGCUCGACGACAAGCUGCCCCUCGAGAGGAUGGCACAGGGUGUUGACCGCCGCCUUCAGAAGGGCUUCGACCGCCUCCACCUUCACGACAUCCCUAAAUAA